UAUUAAUUAUGGCUAAAUAAUAAAAAAAAUCCAAACUCACUGUUAUUCCUCCUUAACCAGAUUUCUAAGAAUAAGAAAUUGAAUUGCUGUAAGAAGAUUUAAAUGAUGAUUUAAUUAAAACAUUAUCCAAAGCAAAUACUAAUUCCAUUGCCACUAUUGUAUAAAUAUUUUAUUUAUGUUUUUCUUUAGAAAGAAAAAGAGAAAAAGGUUGUGGAAUUCAAAUCAAGAGUUCUUGAAUUAGUUGAGAUAUUUGUUUCAAACACUAAAAAUCCUUCAAUCUUUAUUGAAAGAAUUUACCCAUUCAUUAAAAUGAUUAGUGAUUUCAAGAAUCCUUAAAAAAUUUAGUACAUUAAUAGAGUUUGUAAAUUAAUACACCAAAUAAUACAAAAAGGAGAUUUAGGAGAACAUGUUGAUAAUAUGAAAUAAUGUUGUGAAACAUUAAUUACUUAUAUUCAUAAAUGCUCAGAAAAGUCUAUUAAUAAGAGAUUUUUUGAAUUGCUUGAUUUAAUUCUUAAAUAGCUUUCUUAAUAUGAUAAAAAAAUUGUUGCAGAUAUCAUUGUUAAAGGUUUAGUAUUGAUGAGAAAAAAUAGCAACAUUCAAUUAUAAAAUAUGAGAAAACUUAUAUUCAAUUAUUAAUUUGCACUCAUACCUGUUAUACUCAAAUUAUGCUAGCUUAGUGAAAUUAAUGAAAAUUAUGAAAGAAGCAAAUAUAAUGUAUUUGAUUUUGUUAUUAUUUUAGUUUAGUCAUCUUUUAUUCACACUAAUUUAAAAUGAAUAAAUAAGAAAAAAAAUAUCAUCAAAAGAUAAAAUCAAAUAGGCCAUCAUAAAACUAACACAACAUACUCUUGAGAACUAUACUUAAUAGAAUUUUAAAAGAGUUGCAAUUUUUAGAUAAAUUCUAUUGUCAUAUAAAUAAUUAGAAUUGAAUGAGCUUUAAGAAUAAAUUUAGUCAUUUGAAUCAGAAGAUUAAAACAUUUAACACAUAAUUACCAAAUUGAAAUGA